ACCUUGUUUACCCUAGAACCCCUAGAACUUCACUGACAGAACUUUGAAGGGUCUCUUGGCCUGGAUUAAAGUACUAUGGAGCAGCUUCUCUCUCCCAGCAACAUGAGUGAAGGAUCUCAUAGAAGUCUCAUACGUGAUAGCCUGGUUCAGCUGAGAUGUCACUUUACAUGGGUGUUGGUUAUAGAAGAUGUAGACAUCCCUGAUUUGGAAGCAAGAAUCUCUGAGACUGAGUUUCUUGACACCAACUAUAGCAUGAGGAUGCACAAUCUGCUGGCUUACGUGAGACAUCUGAAAGGCCAUGACAAGGAAGCCCUGCAGAGCCUGAAGGAAGCUGAAGCCUUGGUCCAGAGAGAGCAGUUGGACAAGAGAAGCCUGGUGACCUGGGGCAACUGUGCCUGGGUGCAUUACCACAUGGGCAACUUGGCAAAAGCCCAGACCUACCUGGACAAGGUGGAGAAUGCCUGCAAGGAGUUUGCAAGUCCCUUCCGCUACAGGAUGGAGUGUGCUGAGAUGGACUCUGAGGAAGGCUGGGCCUUGCUCAAGUGUGGAGGAAAGAACUAUACACGAGCCAUGGCCUGCUUUGCAAAGGCUCUGGAAGUGGAGCCUGAGAACCCUGAGUACAACACUGGCUAUGCAGUCACAGCCUAUCGCCAGGACAGGGAUGAAAAUAGUAUUUCUCUAGAACCACUAAGAAAGGCUGUCAGGUUAAAUCCAGAAGACCCAUACAUUAAAGUUCUCCUUGCCCUAAAGCUUCAGGACUUAGGAGAAUCUGUUGAAGCACAAAUGUAUAUUGAAGAAGCUCUGCCCAGACUAUCCUCCCAGACCUAUGUCUUUGGAUAUGUGGCCAAAUUUUACCGAAGGAGAGGUUUUGUGGAACAAGCUCUCCAUUUCCUUGAAAUAGCCUUGCAGGCAAAACCUUUCUCUGCCUUCCUUCAUCACCAGAUUGGGCUUUGCCACAAGACACAACUGCUACAAAUAAAGAAAGCUACAAACAUGCAACCUAGAGGGAAGGCAAGAGAAAGAGCAGACCAAUCCAUCCAUUUGGCUAUAGAUCAUUUUAAAAAAACUUUAGAACUGAAACCCACUUUUGAGUUAGCUUAUGUUAACCUGGCUGAAAUGUACAUAGAAUUUGGCCAAUUUAGGCAGGCAGAGGGCAGUUUUCAGAAAGUGUUGAGCAUGAGGGACCUUGACGAUCAUAUACAGCAAAACAUUCAUUUCCGCUAUGGCCGUUUCCAAGAGUUUCAUAGGAAAUCAGAAGACAAGGCAAUCACUCACUAUAUAAAAGGCCUGAAAAUAGAAGUGACUUUCUAUACCAAGGAUAAGCUUCUCAAGGCUCUGGGGAAGCUGGCUGAAAGACGAAUUCACCAGAACGUUCGCAUCGUGGAAAGCUUCAGUCUCCUUGGCUUUGUCUAUAGACUCAAAGGGGAGCUAAAUGAGGCCCUGUUAUGCUAUGAGAAGGCUCUGAGGCUCACAGGAGCACUGAACCCUGAGUUUUGAAGCACAGCUCAUCAAAUGGCAUAUUAAGUGUUUGCAUGGCUCAUUACCAUUUUUUUUUGUACAUGAUGCCU